AUGGAGUGUUUUAUUGUGGUUAACUGUCUGCUGAAUGUCCUGCUAAUGCUCCCAUCAAUCACUGGCAAUGUUUUCGCGUUGGUCGCCAUAUUAAGAACCUCUUCUCUUCUUUCACCGUCCACAGUUUUCUUAUGCAGUCUCGCUGUCUCAGAUCUUCUUGUUGGUAUGGUUGUACAACCAUUUUACAUCGCACAUCAACUGAACCCUGGACUGAGAUUAACAGAUGCAUUCGACGCCUUCUCUUCUUUAAGCUGCGGCGUUUCUUUGUGUACAGUGACAGCGAUAAGUGUGGACAGGUUUUUGGCUCUGCAUUAUCACAUGCGAUACCCGAAUAUGAUGACGGAUAAACGCGCAAUGUACAAAUCGUUAAGUCUUGGGUUCUUGAUGAUCCUUGCAUCAUGUCUUUAUGUAUGGAACAUGACCUAUGCGAGACUAACCUUCGUUCCCGGGAUUGCCAUUUGUAUCAAGGUUUCUACUUUUGUUUACAUCAGAAUUUAUCAAAUUGUUCGAAGACAUCAGCUUCUGAUUCAUAUACAACAGCAAGCAGUACAAACUGUUGGUGUUGAUCAUAACCUGAACUUACUGCGAUCACAGAGAAGUGCUAUAAACACUUCUAUUUAUUACGUCUGUAUGAUUUUGAGUUAUUUUCCAUUGAUUAUAAAACUGUUAGUUGUAACCAUCAACCGCAGAUUUCAGAGACAGGAGUGGGAUUUGACAUAUACUGUGGUGUAUAUGAACUCAUCAAUUAAUCCAAUUUUGUAUUGCUGGCGUUUACGUGAACUUCGAACUGCAGUUUUAAAGGUAGUAAGACAACUGCUAUGCAGACAAACACAGGAAAGCUAA